AUGGCCGACCCCUUCGCGCCCCGGUCUAUGAAGCGCAAGAACGUCAAGGGCCUCGCCCUGACGCCUGCUGCACCGAAACCCCCACCGACUGCCGAAACCAGCAGACAUGGCUAUGAUCCCCGCGAUAAAGAUAGCGGGGAGCAGUCAGCGCAGUUGGAGAUUGGCAUCGAGUACAAGCUGGACUUGCGGCCGGAGGACUUGGAGAUCUUGAAGGAGCUUGGGUCCGGAAAUGGAGGCACUGUCAGUAAGGUCAAGCACGUGUUGACUGGGACUGUCAUGGCUCGCAAGGUCAUCCACGUGGAAGCCAAGAAGGAGAUGCGCAAGCGCAUUGUCCGCGAACUUCAGAUUAUGCACGGCUGCUCAUCCGAGUACAUCGUAAAUUUCUACGGCGCGUUUCUGAACCCUCACAACGAUGUCAUUAUGUGCAUGGAGUAUAUGGAUGUCGGCGCGCUAGACCGGGUAUCCAAGGUCUUCGGCCCAGUCCGAGUAGACGUUCUUGGCAAGAUUGCUGUGGCCACCCUCGGCGGCUUGACCUACCUGUACUCCAAGCAUCACAUCAUGCACCGAGACAUCAAGCCGUCAAACAUCCUGGUGAACUCGAGAGGAAGUAUCAAGCUGUGCGACUUCGGUGUGUCUGGAGAACUUAUCAACUCCGUUGCAGACACAUUCGUUGGAACAUCGACAUACAUGGCUCCUGAGCGAAUUCAAGGCGAGAAGUACACUGUCAAAUCCGAUGUGUGGAGUUUUGGUCUGAGUAUCAUGGAGCUUGCCAUCGGCAAGUUCCCAUUCAACGCGAGCGAGCAGCUUUCCGACGGCGAGUGCGCCCCAGCUGGCAUUCUGGAUCUGUUACAGCAGAUUGUACACGAACCCGCGCCCAAGCUACCCAAAAGCGAUGCUUUCCCCUCCAUUCUGGAGGAUAUGAUUCAGAAGUGUCUUUUCAAGAACCCCGACGAGCGACCUACCCCUCAGGAACUUUUUGACCGGGAUCCUUUUGUUCAAGCUGCCAAGAGAACCCCCGUAGACUUGAGGGAAUGGGCUGUUGGUUUAAUGGAGAGGGACAACAGAAAAUCUCACCUUGCGCCCCAGCUUUCUCCCGCGACUCGAGACCUCCUGAAUUCCAGUGACUCCCCGACAUAUCAGGGCGGAUCUACAAACGACCGCUCGCUUGACACGCCGACGUCAGGGGAAAUUCCCAUCGCGGGAGCUGGUAUCAUCUCUCCGCGCGAACCUGCCACCCACUCCAACCGCUCCCCCACCAGAAACGGCAUCAACGCCAUCAGCAGCCGACAACAGGCGGCUGGUCACCCCGGGAUGGGACAGCGGAUUGUUACGACCAAUUCGAUCCCCAAGGUCGGCGAAUAUCCCAACAGUGCUGGCCCUGUGAGCGCCAAUGCUGCAUCUUUUAGCCUUCCUGUUCGUCCUGCGCCUGGUGGUCCGCUGCCGCCAGCCCCUCCUCGGAAGGGCACCCCAGAUGAGACCAGGAGAGAGAGCAGAAGACAAGCCACAUUCGGCAUGCCGCCAGCACCCCGAAGCUACGCGAGCGAUGUGUAUAACGGCACUUCCAACUAG